AUGUUUAUUUCUCUCAAUGUUCUGGCGGCGCCCGCUGUAUUUAUCGCGGCAGCCGUUGCCACAGUGCCAACACAUGUACAUGCCACUGGUGACACACGGAGUGAUGAUACGACUGUCUUCUUCGAGAAUGACGGCAACUGGACAUCUCAUGGGACUAAGCCUAGCGCACUAUUUGUCAAUACGCCCUCAAGUUACGCCGGUGCCAAUGCGGUGUGCACAGAACAGAAUGAGACAUUGCUGAGCUGCAAGGAAUACGUCAAUUUCGAGAACUUAUUCAGCUAUCAGCAAUAUCUCGGCAGGAUCACCGCUGAUCAGCUAUUCUGGUCAUCAUGCUCUUCCUCAUCCCCUACUUCAUGGCGCGGUGUUGUUCAGAGCAGCACGAAUUCAAGCUCCGACCUCCCCUUUCUGUGCACCAACAGCGCCCCUCUUGUUGACAAAGUAGAUACGGAUUACUCUGGUUUCCCCCGUGUGAAUGUCACUUACAAUGGUACGACUUUCGAGGGCAUGAGGGACCACAUGGCUUUUCGCUUCGCUGGGAUUCGCUUUGCUCAGCCCCCGACGGGAGAUCUGCGAUUUCAACCGGCGCAGCCGUGGAACCAUACUAUUCCAUAUGUAAACGCCACGAGUUACGGACCGGCCUGCUUGCAGUUUGGAUAUUUUGAUGGCAACUCGUAUGGUCUGAGUAUGUUACACACCUAGAAUAUCUUAGGAAUACUGCUUACUUCUCAGACCCCUGGGGGAAUAGUGAGGACUGCCUGUUUCUCAAUGUCUGGACGCCACACAUUCCGUCAAGCGACUCCUUGGAUCCUGACAAUGGAAAGCCCGUCAUGGUCUGGAUAUAUGGUGGUGGGGAUACACAAGGCUCAGCAGCCGACUCCACUUUUGAUGGGGCUAGUCUUGCGUCUCGCUCUGAUGUUGUGGUUGUCUCUCAGUACCGCGUCAACAUAUUCGGCCUUCUGGCUCUCGAUGAUGGUGAGCUCAACGGCAACUACAUGAUGACCGAUAAGAUCCAAGCAUUGCGCUGGGUUAGGCAAAACAUCGCUGGAUUUGGAGGUAACCCGAAAAACGUGACAAUCUUCGGUCAAUCUGCCGGCGGAUCAUCAGUCAAUGAUCUGAUCACAUGUCCCGCAAUCAUGGGCGAAGACCUCUUCCAGAAUGGUAUCGUCCAAUCCGGAAAGUCGAAUGUCGCUACUGCCGAAGUCGCCGCGGCUUACGCCUUACCCUACAUUGGGGAAUUCUGCAACGGCACAGCCACGCAGCGGGCUUCCUGUUUGCGGUCUUUACCCGCAGAGACACUGCUUGACAUCACCAACAACAGCAUCAGUUGGUAUACUGUCAUUGACGGCCACUACUCUGCCGACUACACGCAAGCCCGAUAUGCACUCGGAGCACAGUACAUCAACUCGGUCAAUGUGCUAACGGGCAACAUGCUUGAGGAAUACCAAUCCCUCGCAACCACAACUCUCUGGCCCAGUAUGAGCAACUUCAGCGAGGCAUUAGAGAUCCUCAUCAGCGACGCCGCCAUCAACGAAGCCCAAGCAGAAGCGGCCCUCAACUCAGGUCUUUACACAAUCACCAACAACACGGUGUACAACGGCAGCACAACCUACACCUCGGUCUACAACGCCUCAGUCCACCUCGGCACUGAGGGCCAACUCUACUGCGACGGCACCCUACUCCAGUGGAUCGCCGCGGCCUCAUGGGCCUUCAAAUCCCACUGGUUCUACAUCCACAACCGAGGCUACGCACUCAGCUACUAUGACUUCUACGAUUUAUGUACCUUUCCCGUGGGAGAACCAGAUACUCCAUACUACCGGUGUCAUAGUAGCGAUCUGUACGAGGUGUUCGGCACAUACUAUAUUUUUGAUCAGCCCGUGCGCGUGCCUGAGGAUAUUUACUACACCAACGCUGUCCAAGAUAUGUGGGGUGCGUUUGCCCGGACUGGGAACCCAAAUGUCGAUCCGGCUUACUUGAAGGCACGAUCGUAUGAUUCAACUAUUGACUUCUUCUUUGGGUUCGAGUGGCCGCAAUUUACGGUUACUAGUCCGAGGGUUGCGUCGCUACAGUACCCGGGGCCAGAGGUGUCUUCGCUGCCGUAUCAGGAGCACUGUGAGGUGCUGUUGCCGUAUGUGACGAAUCCAAGUGCUCCUAGUGCGAGUGCACAAGGUCAGAUUCUCUUUUUAUACUUUGGCUCAGAGAACUCAUUUUCAGGAAGGUGGUGGUGUAAACUGCGGUGGUCACGUGAGCAACCACACAACCGGGAGGAGGCUAAGGGGAUGACAAUCAUCACUAUCCCCUGCUGUAUUAGGCGCCCCUGGCUUCACAGGCAGUCUCCAACUCCCUCAUUACUGCUGAGCGCAUUCCGCACCCAUUUUAUCCAAGACAUGGAUAUACUCACACGUGCCCAAACGGGCUUUCUGUCCUGGAGACACGGAACACCACUUUCAUCUGGGGCCUACGCCUCCCCAAAGUUCCAGUCCUGGCAUACUUUUGACCCUGUCCAAAGUUGGAUGGCCACUUGGUCCGACAUCGAUACAAAUUCACCAGCUGACCCAGCUGGGAGUGGCGAUAUAUCAAGGCUUGUUCUUCUGACAUGGAAUAUUGAUGCAACGUCGCCUCAGACCGAGAAACGCGUUACGGAAAUUAUCACGUGUAUUAUCGGGUUAGAUCCCCGAGUGGAUAUCAUUUUCCUCCAAGAAGUGUCAAAGCCAGCUCUCCAGCAAAUCUUGAAAGACGAGCGUGUUCGCGAACUCUGGCUUUCGAGCGAAUGUGAUGACACGUCAUGGGGCGACCAAUCGUUUGCAGUGAUGAUCUUACUGUCUAAGGCACGUUUCACGACAAACGCCGCCAUAGGACCAAUUUGGAGGGUGAAGUUCCCUAGUCACUUUGCUAGGGAUGCUCUCUGCUGCGAUAUCUUCGUCCCUUCGCCUAAGGAACCUAAACCAGCACGGAUACGUCUAGUUAAUGUUCACCUAGACUCUUUGCCAAUCAAGCCUUCCCACCGACCAAAGCAGGUAUCUAUUGCUACAUCCCUCCUUCGCGUCGCAGGUCAAGGACUAGUCGCAGGUGACUUCGAUCCUGUCCUCGAUGAGGACAACGGCCUUCUAGAAAAGAAUGGCUUGGUGGAUGCUUGGGCAACUCUUCGGCCCGAAGAACCUGGCUUCACUUGGGGCCUCGAUGGCAAGCAACCAUUCCCUCCCAAUCGGCUUGAUAAAAUAGGCAUACUCAGGCUCCGAUCGCAUGAGAUUAAGACAUUGGAGCCGAAACCAAUAAGCGGAUCUUCCGAUGAUGAACCCUUAUGGAGUGAUCAUCAUGCUUUGAUCUAUUCUUUUGGCUUGGUCAAUGAAUGA